AUGAGCGAUCAGAUCACUGAACUCUAUAACGAAGCUUUACGACCUGCGAUAACGGCCUUGACAUUCGAGGUUCUCUUCUAUGGAUUCUACAUCGCUCUGAGCGCAACCUAUUUCUCCCUCCUUGCUCGCCAAAAGAACCAGGAAAAGUUCAAGCAUCUUUUCUAUCCUGUCUCCACUCUCGUCCUCUUCAUCCUCUCGACCGCCGGCAUCAUAUUGUCAACAUUCGAUAUCGCGAAUUUGAUCAAAUUGCUUCUCGUUAGUAUGGAGGAUAUGGACCCGACUGCUCGCGAGGAGACCUUUGUGAGAACUAGGACCGCGAUUGGGGUGGUAUAUGCUUUGGCAAAUUGGAUUGGAGACGUAAUCCUUAUCUAUCGCUGUUACUUCGUGUGGAAUGGUCGAUGGUUGGCCGUCGUUGCUCCGAGCUUUCUUUCUGCUUUGAAUACAGCCAUGGUCUUUGCUUCGAUCGCGAAUAUUCAACUGGGUUCCAGCGAUGAAUUUGCUACUGGCGGAUACUCUUCUCAGGUCACGACCGGAGAUAAUCUGCAGUAUGCUUUUUUGGCUAUGAACGUAUUCAACAAUAUUUUAUUGACCGGAUUGAUUGCGGGAAGGCUUUGGUACUUGAACCGUGCGUCGACCAAAUUAUUCGGCAUCAAUCCUACUCCCGACAAGCGGUAUAGAACGAUUGUCAGCAUGUUCUUGGAAUCAGGAUCUCUUUACCCUAUCGCUCUCGUUAUAUGUUUGAUCAUCCAACUGAAAGGAUCCUCAGCAACCAUGGAUGUUGUCCUCCUACAGAUUGUGGGUAUCGCACCGAUGCUUAUUCUGGUGAGGACCACUCUGGGUAUCAGUAUCGAAAGUGCGCCUCGCCGAGAAGAUGUCGAUACAGAGCUCGAGCAUUCGACUUUGAGGAUCAACACAUAUACAUCCGAUCAGAAAUUCACUCCUCCAUUCGCGCUCACGCCUGGGACGAAUUUCUCCCCGAUGACGGGUACGGAUUCGAUGAUCUCCGAUUAUCAGCCUCGACCUGAAUUCCAUGCGUUGCCGUAUGAACCGAGCAGCAAUCGUCGCUCCAUGUCUUCGAAUUAUCAUGCGCAGCCCGAGCACGUUUUCGGUGGUUCCGAAAACUUGGAUCACGGUUCAGCUGGACCAUCUACCCCUUCAGACCGACUCCAGCCGCUGCGAUGGGUCGCUCAAUAG